CGAUUUAACGCCUUAUACCCACUCCUGAUCCAACGAUGGCCGAGGAAGGCAUUUCUGCUGGAGGUGUAAUGGAUGUUAACACCGCACUGCAAGAGGUGCUUAAGACCGCUCUUAUCCACGAUGGCCUAGCUCGGGGAAUUCGUGAAGCUGCCAAAGCUCUUGACAAACGCCAGGCCCACCUGUGUGUGUUGGCUUCCAACUGUGAUGAGCCAAUGUAUGUCAAAUUAGUGGAAGCCCUUUGUGCUGAGCACCAGAUCAAUCUUAUAAAGGUUGAUGACAACAAAAAACUCGGUGAAUGGGUUGGUCUCUGCAAAAUUGACAGAGAAGGAAAGCCCCGCAAAGUGGUUGGCUGCAGUUGUGUAGUUGUCAAGGAUUAUGGCAAAGAGUCUCAGGCCAAAGAUGUCAUCGAGGAAUACUUCAAGAGCAAGAAAUAAACAUCUAAAAUAAAAGUAUUGAGCCUGA